UUUUUUAGAUAAUAAGAAUUUUUAUUCAUAUAAAGAAUGAUUCAGUUCCACAUAUCCGCACCAGGCAAGGUGAUUUUGCAUGGAGAACAUGCGGUGGUAUAUGGAAAAACAGCUCUUGCGGCUAGCUUAAAUUUACGUACUAAACUCAGAUUCGAGGAACAAAAUUGGGAUCAUAUUCAAAUAAAUUUUCCCAAUAUCCAUAUGUCCUUAGAUAUACCUUUAGAUAUACUUUUAGAGUACUUCGAACCUUCUUAUCCGUUUAACGAAAAUACUAAUCGAUUGCUUGAUCAAGUCGAACAAUUUGUUAAAAUAAAAAAUGGUUUUUCUGGCAAGUACACCGGUAUAAAUGAACAAGUGUUAAGCUUACAAGCGGUACUUUACUUGCUCGUUUAUAUCGCCUACGAGGAACAGAUGCAAAUUAAACCUUUCUCCGUGAAUUUAUCUACGGAAUUAAAAAUCAACGCGGGUUUGGGCAGUUCGGCAUCGUUUGCGGUAUGUCUUGCAGCGUGCUUUCUUCACUGGGCACGUCGACAAAAGGGUGAUGUUCAUGAUACAUUCAACGAAAACGAUCUCGAAAAGAUCUCAAAAUAUGCUCUGAGCUGCGAGCGAAUUAUGCACGGUUCUCCAUCUGGGAUCGACAAUAGCGUGUGCACAUACGGCUCGAUAAUAGAAUUUCGACGAGGAGAGCCGGUGAAUGUGUUAUCUAAUAUGCCAAGCCUGGAUGUUCUGCUAGUCGGCUCGAAUGUCAGUCGGAAUACGAAAAAUCUAGUAGAGCGAGUGGCAGAGACGAGACGAUCUUAUCCCGCAAUUAUCGAUUCGAUCUUCGACAGCAUAGACGCUGUAUCAAAGGCGGCUAUUCAGGUGCUCGGUGAAAUACACGACGUUCAGACAACUAACGAUGCGGAUCUUCUGCAAUCACGAUACAAAAAAUUAUUUGCUCUCAUCCAUACGAACCAAGGAUUACUUAGUGCAUUAGAUGUAUCACAUUCAAAAUUGGAUUUGAUUUGCAAAAUAGCACGGGAUCAUGCAUUCGCGGGGAAACUCACAGGCGCUGGUGGAGGUGGAUACGCAUAUGUUUUGCUACAGCCGGAUAUUGAAGACGCACGCAUCACGGUUCUCUCUCAUCUAUUAGAAUGUGCAGAUUGUUCUGUCGUAAGAACCAAGUUGGGUUACAAUGGAGUGACAAUUGACUAUGCCUAAUACAAUUAUUAUAAUGGGAUAGGAUUAGUAAUAGAAUCAUCAACAUAUAUGAACAGAUAUUAAGAUUACAACUUAAUUAUAAUGGUGUUAUAAAUGGAAGGACAAAAAAAGAAUAGAGAAUUUUACAUACGAACU